GAAAAGUUUCUGGUGUCUGUCCACGCUACGGGCUUCAGGACAAAGGACGCACGAUGAACGCUUCCCAACAGAUCCAAUUUUCUCCAAACAGGAAAGUUGAAUCUGCGAUCAUUUCUUUAGUAUUUUCCGUUAUUUUUCUGGUCGGCACAGUGGGGAACUGCCUAGUACUUGCCGUCUUGUUUCGCAACGGGCAGACGAACGCGAAGACAACAAACAUGUUUAUUCUCAACCUGGGACUUGCGGAUCUCUGCUUCAUCGUGUUCUGCGUUCCGCUCCAGGCUACCAUCUACGCCAUGGAUGAAUGGGUCUUCGGUCCGUUCGUGUGUAAGGCUGUGCACUUCGUUAUCUACCUGACAAUGUACGCGAGUAUCUUUACGCUUGCCGCCGUCUCGCUGGACAGAUAUUUAGCCAUUCGCUACCCAUUGCGCGCAAGAGAAACGAGAACCCCUCGUAAUGCUUUGAUCUCCAUCGGCGUGGUGUGGACUCUUUCCCUGGUGUUCUCCAGUCCGUACCUUAGCUACUACCAGCAGAUGGACCUUGAUGGCACCAUCGUGUGCAUCCCUGCCUGGGACUUCCAGCACCGUAGAGCCAUGGACGUCUGCACGUUUGUGUUCGGCUACCUGAUCCCUGUGCUGAUCCUGAGUCUCACUUAUGCUCGGACGAUCCGCCACCUGUGGACCAGCGUGGACCCGAUGGAAGACAUGUAUGAGAGCCAGCGUGCCAAGCGCAAGGUGACUAAGAUGAUAAUUAUCGUAGCCGUGCUGUUCUGCCUCUGCUGGCUGCCGCAUCACCUUGUCAUCCUAUGCAUGUGGUUCGGACGCUUCCCCCUCAACCACACCACCUACGUGCUGCGAAUCCUUUCUCACCUGGUGGCUUACACCAACUCCUGCCUCAACCCCAUCGUCUACGCGCUAGUGUCCAAGCACUUCCGGAAAGGCUUCCGGAAGGUGUUUGGCUGUGUGAUGCAGAAGCGGCCGGUGAACCGGGUCCACGUGGCUCCGCAGGGCCAGACGGUGAGCCUGGUGGAGGUCGGCUCAAGUGACACAUCCAAUCAGGGCGAAGGCCUGGGAAGGGUGCGUUUCUGGAACAAGAAAGGCAGGAGGAGGAUGACUGGCACCUUCAUGACAUUCAACGUCACCUAAACCGAUAGCAUGUUACUGCAGUGGUCAAACUGAAGCUUGCUGAGACCUGUCGUAUCCAAAUGACAGUGAAAGUAGUGUUUUGACAUUGUUUUGAGUCGUGUGUGAAACUGAUUUAAACAUGAACAGUGGGUGAAGUGGAUUCCGUGUUGUUAGUGAAGAAUGUGCUCUCCUUCAAGUUAGAGGUUGUUUGAUAAUUAGUGAAUCAGUGUUCACAACAGUUAUAGUCACAGAAAUGCAUUUUUGAAAGAUUUUGUUAAACUGUGCAUUAAAGAAACUUCAGUGUAAUGACCAUAUGCAGACCGGGUAACAGGCACUUUAAAUAAGUCAUUUAAAGAAGAUCAAUUCAGUCAUUGUGGUUGUAGUCAUAGUGGUAAUUUUUUGUUAGUUAAUUCAGAGGUAGUGCUGAGCGCUCAUACUUCUCUGACAUGUUUUGUGAAUG